AUGCAGGGCACUGACAACUCACCUUUCGUUCUCAGAAUCGAGGCAACGCCUCCGCACCUCACCUAUCUGCUGCUCUCGACCUUCCUGAUAAGCUAUGUGCUCUUCACAAAUUUCUUGCGCAACCGACUACAUUUGUCGGAACCACCGAUAGCCUUGCUCGUCGGGAUCUUGUUGGGCCCACAAGUCCUGCGCUGGCUCACGCCCAAUUUCUGCGAUGGAAAAGGAUGUGGCAGUGAAGGCAGAGGCGGAUGGGGCUGGGGAGAUGGCACCGUGCAAGAGUUGACUAGAGUCAUUGUCGGCAUCCAAGUCUUCGCAGUGGGUGUCGAACUGCCAAAAAGGUACGCUCGCAGACACUGGAAAUCGGUCGCUAUGCUUCUCGGACCCGUAAUGACUUUUGGCUGGGUCGUGUGCGCCGUAUUCGCAAAGUACAUUUUCGAAACCAGCUGGUCGACUGCUCUCAUCAUCUCGGCGUGCCUCACACCAACGGAUCCGGUCCUCGCAGCGAGUAUCUUGUCUAACUCACAAUUCUCUACCCGGGUUCCGAAGAGACUAAAGGACAUGCUGAGCGCUGAAUCUGGUUGCAAUGACGGCGUGUCCUUCCCGUUCCUCUACAUUGGCCUGUUCCUCUUGACACAGCACACCAUCGGCGAUGCUUUUAAGGACUGGUUCCUUAUCACAAUCCUUUGGCAGUGCGCGUUCGGAGUCUUCAUCGGCCUUGUCAUCGGCACCACCUUCAACUGGGUCUUGCGAUUCAGUCACUCUCGUGGCUACAUCGAUAAUGCCGGAUUCACAGUGUUCUACUUGCUGCUAGCCAUAUUCUGCGUGGGCGUCGGAUCGACUUUGGAUUCAGAUGACUUCUUGGUCGCUUUCGGUGGUGGCUAUGGAUUCGCUCGAGAUGGCUGGUUCGCAAAGAAGACGAAGGAAGCACACCUGCCGAACAUCAUCGAUCUACUCCUCAACUCCUCGAUGUUUGUCUACGUGGGCACCAUCCUGCCGUUUGAGUCGUACAGUAACACAUACCUGACGCCUUGGAUCACUGUACCCCGGCUGCUCGGAUUCUUGGCUCUAGUUUUGCUAUUCCGCAGAAUCCCAAUCGUGUUGGCCACAUACAAAUUUAUUCCGGACAUCAGAACAUUUCGAGAAGCAAUAUUCUGCGGACACUUCGGCCCAAUGGGUCUUGGUGCUCUGUUCCUCGCAAUUGAGGGCAGAGCAGUGUUGGAGACAGGGAGCUCUACACCCGAUGAUCAUCCUCCGGAAUACUCGCCGCCGUUGACGGAUCGCCAGAAAGGCAUAGAGACCAUUUUUCCGGUAGUGUCUUUCAUUGUGCUCGGAAGCACUCUAGUGCAUGGCUUGAGCGUGCUCGCUUUGAGUCUGGCCUCUCAUCUUGUAAGGCAUGAGAAACACCGAGCGCAGAUCCCAGCAGCCGAGACAGAUCCGUUGACGGGAAUGGAGCAUGAGGAUGGUGACGGCGGUAGCGCAACAGACACAGAAGACGAGCACGGCCAGCCUUGA